AUGAAGAUCGAUGCUGUAGAGAACAAGAAUCUGCUAACCUGGUUAUUAGACCACACUGACCCUGAUCGUAUGCUAAUUAGGAUUGGUGCAGGCAAGGUCCUUCCUAUCACCCCACAAAUAAUUAGCAUGGUUCUUGGUUUGCCUAUACGUGGUGAAAACUUCAAGCAAUACUCAUGGAAGGAAGGUAUCAUAUUUCGCCAGCAGCUUAUCUAUGAUCUUAACCAAAGUCUCACUAAAGAUUGUGACAUACAUAUAUCAAACCUGCAACAAGAGAUCUUAAAGGGAAAUGUGAACCCCCUCAUGAAGAGAUGCUUCUUCAUGAUACUUUGCAACAGACUUCUACUUCCCAGCAGCAGUAACACCAUUGGUUCAGUUGACAUCAAGAGGACAAUGGAUCACCAAUUGUUCGGAGUUGUUGACUGGUCCCAGGCUGUAUUCAAUGAUCUCCAGAUAGCUUAG